AUGGUUGACAAUUGGGAACAAGGUGAUUCUUCUCGCCAAGGCACACCAAGCUAUAGAGCGGGCUCCCGAGGGCGUUUGAGAGAGGGUUGGCACCACCCUUCGUCAAAUGGUGGUAGGAAGGGUGAUGAUUGGAUGGGAAAUGUCAUGACCACUAACAAGUACUACUCGCUCAUGGCCAAUGGGGAGUUUGACGUCGAUGGAUGCGAGGAGGAGGACAUGGCUGCGAUGGACAUUCAGCCACUUAGCGAGCACGAUAAUGAAUCCCUUCCGCGCCUUGAAGACAAGGAACAAGCACGGGACAAAGAACAACAAAUUGUCUUACUUCAAGGAGGGCCUUCACACCUUCCGGGGUAUGAUGGAGCAGACUUCACUUGGGCCAAGAAUGGGUUAUUUGAGAGGUUGGAUAGGCUGUUUGUUAAUGAGGUUUGGUCCAAUGCCUUUGAGGCAACACGGUUGUCUAACCUACCUCGAAUCUCCUCGGAUCAUGGACCGAUCCUCGCCAGAUGCACGAUCCCGAGGCCUCCAACACGGGGUAGCGCCUUCCGAUUCCAGAAUAUGUGGGUUCGACACGAAGGCUUCAAGAGCCUCAUUCAAGAUGUUUGGGAAGAACCGACCGGGGCGUCGGGCCUGCUCAAUCUCCAAAUAAAGCUAGCCAGAAGUAAAAAAGCACUUAAGGCUUGGAAUAGGGAGGUCUUCAGCAAUAUCCAUUCCAAUCUCCAAGAAAUGGAGGUGAGGAUCGCACAAGGCCAAGCCGAUUUUGAGGCUGAUCUAACCCCCCGGAAUAGAACCGAGAUCAAUAAAAGCAUUGCAGAAUACAUCCUCCUAUUGCGUAUGGAAGAGGACUUUUGGAGACAGAAAGCAGCCCUAAGGUGGCUUCCGGAAGGUGAUAAGAAUACCAAGUUCUACCAGAGCUGGGUGAAACAGAAGAGAGUUAGGCUUCGUAUACACUCCAUACAUGCGAAUGGCCGAGAGAUUGCGGACGAAACAGAGUUGAGAAAUUCGGCGGUUGAGUUUUUUCGGAGCCUCCUCGCACCGGAUAAUCCGACACUCGUGGAGCCGGAUAUCGACUUAAUCCAAGAGCUCCCUCCUACCCCGGCCUUAAUGGAGAUCCAUAAGCCCCCAGAUGCCGAGGAGGUGAAGAGAGCGGUCUUCCUUGGAGCAUACCUUCCCAGAAGUAUCACGGCCACAAAUAUUGUCCUCAUCCUGAAAAAGGCCUCGCCCGGGACGUGGGCUGACUUCCGCCCCAUAAGUCUUUGCAAUGUCCUUAACAAGAUUAUCACAAAAGUCCUCACUGCUCGCCUCGGCCCGUUCCUGCCCCAAGUAAUUUCACCAAACCAGAGCGGCUUUGUUAAGGGACGACUUCUACAUGACAACGUUUUGAUGGCCCAAGAGAUGUUUCACGAAAUAGCAAGGUGCUCCCCCGCACCAAAUGUGGCGAUUAAGAUUGAUAUGGCUAAGGCCUAUGAUAGGGUCCAAUGGAUCUUCCUAACUAAGGUUCUUAGACGCAUGGGCUUCCCGGAUGCAUGGAUAAGCCUUGUCGAACGAUGUAUAGGCUCAUGCUGGUUCUCAGUUCUCAUUAAUGGCGUUCCCGCUGGGUUCUUCAAAUCAACCCGAGGGUUAAGGCAAGGAGACCCCAUCUCCCUAGCUCUUUUUGUGAUAGCCGCGGAUUACCUAUCUAGGGCACUCGACAAGCUCAUUCUUGGCAAGAAGGAGAUGGUAUUCAAGACCUCCAGGAAGUGCAUGGAAAUCAGCCACUUGGCUUACGCUGAUGAUAUUAUCAUUUUCACCCAAGCAGCUGCAGCCCCAAUGCGUUGGCUUAGAGCGUGUCUCGACAAUUAUGUGGAAGUUUCAGGGCAACAGAUCAACCUUGAUAACAGCAAUUUCUACAUUGCAGACGUGCACGAGCAAAGGGCAUGA